AAUGUGUAUAAAUGUAAAAAAUAUAUAAUUGAUAUGCAUGGAUCUAAUACUACCUAAUGACGAUGAUACUGUGCUGUUCUGUUGCAAUAUUUUCUACAAGUGUCGAGUUGAUAUAUCAACAGAGCCUGUGAUACCGCCCGGUUCCACAUAUUUUGAAGCCACAUCUCGUGUAUCGGGAAAAGAUAAGAGCUUUAAGAAUAAAAGAAAACCGCAAGGAAACGGCAAACAACCAAAAUAUCGCCAUGGAUUUAAGACUUUCCAGAAAGACAAGCAUGGAGGACAGAAGACCAAUUCCAGGGAAAAACACAUGGCUUCAAAGAAACCAUGGCAUGCUCACACAGUGAAAAAAACACUUCCACGUAGACGGUAUGAUCCUUUCCCUGGAGAUGCACCGGUUCCAGAUGAUAAGAUGAAAAAAUACAGACGAGGCUCACCCAUGAGAAAUAAAACUGCUAGGUCUAUUAGUGGUCACUACAGUUUUAUAGAAAAAGAACAGAAAGUCAAGUAUGCAGUCAAACUUUCCGCCAGAUCCGAAUUGCUGUUACAAGAAGAUGCUGGGUUUCUGCAAGCUGAGGAGGGAGAAAACACAGCAGAAAUAAGUCAGUUUGACAUAGUUGAUGCUGUAGAUAUUACCAGUGCUCAAAAGUACUUUGAGUUGAAACUGCCCACCUUUGGACCAUACCGGAUGAACUACACAAGAAAUGGCAGGCAUCUCCUGAUUGGUGGAUCAAAAGGUCACAUGGCAGCCAUUGAUUGGCAGACUAAGAAGCUCUUGUGUGAAAUGAAUGUCAUGGAAACAGUUCAAGAUAUCAAAUGGCUUCAUCAGGAGACAAUGUUUGCUGUGGCCCAGAAACAGUGGACAUACAUAUACGACAACCAAGGAAUUGAGCUACACUGCCUUCGGAUGCUUGACAGUGUGCUAAGAAUGGAGUUUCUUCCAUAUCAUUUCCUGCUUGCAACAUCGAACUCAAAAGGUUUCUUAUCAUACAUAGACAUUUCUGUUGGGAAGGCUGUUGCUGGCCAUAGGACCAAACUUGGAAGGCUGGACGUCAUGUGCAAGAAUCCGUCCAAUGCAGUUAUACAUCUUGGACACUCAAGAGGAACCGUAACUCUGUGGUCGCCCAAUGUCAAAGAGCCGCUUGUGAAGAUGUUGUGUCAUGGCACGGGAGUCCGAUCUGUAGCUGUCGACAAAAGAGGAUUAUACAUGGCCACCUCGGGAGUUGACAGGAAGCUCAAGAUCUGGGACCUUCGCACCUACAAGAUGUUACAGUCAUACAAACUAGCAGCAGGGGCCACAACUCUAGCUUUCUCACAGCGUAAUAUGUUAGCUGCCGGCAUUGGAAACAUUGUACAGAUAUAUGAUGACUGCUGCCUCAACACCGCCAGUGCUCCAUACAUGUGUCACAAACUGCAGUCGUCGGUGUAUGGGACAGAGUUUUGUCCGUACGAAGAUGUGCUCGGUGUCAGUCAUGGGAAUGGAUUUACCAGUCUCCUAGUACCAGGUUCUGGGGAAGCAAACUUUGAUGCCCUGGAAGAAAAUCCAUUCCAGACAAAGAAACAGAGAAGAAACGCCGAAGUCAAGAUGCUGCUAGAUAAGAUACAGCCAGAGAUGAUACAUUUGGAUACCACCAAAAUUGGUCAAGUGGACAUGAAGUCAUUCACACAAAAAGUGGAGGAGAAAAAUAAGCUACUGUUUAUGAAACCACAGAAAGCUGAGUAUGAACCAAAAUACAAGAAGAAAGGUCGCAGUAAGGCAUCGAAGGUGGAAAAGCGUAAACAAGGUGUGCAGGUACAACACAAACGGGACUUCAUACGCAAAUCGAUCCAACUAAAACAGAAAGAAGCACAGUUAAACAAGCAGAAUGAAAACAGUGGACUGGCGAAAACUAGUGUCCUGGAUCGGUUCGCUCGCAAAGAUUCCUGAUGUUUGUCGUUUUAUGGAACAUUUACCAUUUUACCAGUAGGAUGAACUGGGAAGGUGCACUUUAUCAGUAGGAUUGAUCACUGUUCUAGAAGAAUUGGAUGUACACACCCACCCCACCCCCGUUCCAACAAUGGACCUUUGCACCAACAUCAAUCUGUACUCUAGUGGUGUUGUUAAACAAAACAAACUUGUUUUGCGUCAACAUAGCUCUACUGUUGGCAAUUACAUUACAUUACAUACAUCCCUACCAAGUAAUUGUAUACCAGCCUAAAUAGAAAAUGGGAGAUACAAAAGAGAAAAACUAAAAUAUGGACCUGUGGUUUGAAUUUUGAUUAGUAUUUAUUAGGUUGAUGUUGACACUACAACCAACAUUCUGGGAGCUGUACGGUGGGCAAUCUCAUCUUGUGACAGAAAUAUGUCUGCAGUUCAUUUCACAUGUUUGCAUUUGUAAAUAAAAGUCUUGUUUAUUUCAA